AUGACGGGAAGCUCGAGCAACGGUGUGAGCUCGUGCGGCGUCUGUAGUCUUACCUUUGAUCAUGUCAGCGCAUUUCGUUUACACGCCAAAUCACCAGAACACGUCGCCAAUCUCCGACAAAGAGCUGCACAGUCUGGCGCUGAAAUACGCACCGGGACUGAUUCCGAUUCGGAUAGCAGCAGUCUUCCCUACCUGACACCGAGCGACUCCGACAGCGACUCCGACGCCGACUCGGAACCAGGCAGCCCCUCAGACGCAACCCCGAGGUUCGUCGCGGAGCAGUGUCUGUUUUGCGACGUGCAGUCUGCCGACCUUGACGCGAGCCUGAUCCACAUGGCGAGCACACACAGCUUCGUGGUGCCGUACCAGUCGUCGCUGGUAGUCGACGUGGCGACGCUGAUAUGGUACCUGCACCUCGUCAUCUACACGUACCACGAAUGUGUCGCGUGCGGCAGCCGACGACGGUCGGCGACGGCGGCGCAGCAGCACAUGCAGAGCAAGAGUCACUGCCGCUUCGACAUGGCCAGCCCCGAGAUGCGCGAGUUUUACGACGUGUCGGCGCUAGACGGGCGGGUGGUGGUGUCGGAGCUCGCGCGGCAAGACGAGGGUACAAUCCGGCUUGCGUCUGGGAAGCUCAUCUCGCAGCGCGGUAGUAGCGGGUUGAGCACUGGUGCGGGCGGCAGCAGCAGUCGUAGGGGAUUGGCGCGAGAGGAGACGGAGAGUGUCGAGGAGGUGAACAGUGCAGGAGAUGCGGAGCUGGCGGUGCGCAGCGGCGAUGAGCAGCGGCAAUUGGUGCUGGACGGCGCGGAGAGGAACAUGUCAAGGCAGAUGGCGCAGCUGAGCGUGCGCGACCAGCAGGCGUUGGCGCAUCUUCAGCCGCAUGAGCAGCGCAGGGAGCUCACUCUGCGGAAGAAACAGGCUGAUCGGGCGCGGCGGGCAGAGUGGCGAGCACAGACGGCGCUGGGGCGCAAGGGGAACAGGACGCUGAUGAAGACUUAUAAGACGCAGGGUCCGGAGCGGCCGCUCGGUUGA